AUGAAAUCAAGUAAGACAAACAUUAAAAAUGCUUACACUCCAGUUCAGAGUGACCCAAACAGUGAUUAUGUCACACCUGGGGCGUUUGACCUCGAAAAGCUCUUCUGGACGGGCGCGGGAGCACAGUACACACAUGUUAAUGAAGUGUGGCCAAGGGUCCUCAUUGGAGAUGAGAAGGCAGCCCUGGAGCGCCACAACCUGGAGAAGAUGGGAGUGACGCACAUUCUAAACGCUGCGGAGGGAAAAUGGAACAGCGUUGCCACGGGGCCGGAUUAUUACCGGGACAUGAACAUUGUUUACUAUGGAGUAGAGGCAGAGGAUGUUCCUACCUUCAACCUCUCAGAGUUUUUCUACCCGACAGCUCAGUUUAUUGACCAAGCACUCAGCAAACCAGAGAACAAACUCUUGGUGCACUGUGUCAUGGGGCGAAGCCGAUCUGCGACUCUGUUUCUGGCUUAUUUAAUGAUUUAUGAGAAAAUGACUGUUGUUGAUGCCAUAGAACAUGUGAAGGCCCAGAGAUGCAUUCUUCCAAACAGAGGGUUUUUGAAACAGCUGAGGAGCCUGGACAUCCAGCUGCAGGAACAGCGGCUCACAGCCAGACCUGAAGAGAAGGCCCUCAGUGAACAAACACGGGAGUCCACAUAG